CGUCCUUGAAUCAGCGGCAGUGCGGCUGGGCGGGGCGCGGCGAUUCAGCAGUCGGUGACGCCUCUCUGCCGACCGGCCGCCCCGGGGUGCGACCGGCCAGUCGGUGUCGUGAGCGCGUGCAGCGAGGACUGGCCCGAGCGGAGCGCCAUGGACCCGCUAACGGCGCUGCUGGCAGCGCUGCUGCUGCUGGCGCUCGUCUACUGGUACGGCACCAAGGACUUCGGCUCCCUGGAGAAGCUCGGCGUGCCCGUCAUCAAGCCGUACCCCUUCAUCGGCAGCAUCCUGAAGCCAUGGGAGUCGUUCUGCGUGUCCGAUGACCUCCAGAACGCACGCAAGUACGGCCGACUCUGGGGUCUGUACGAGGGCCCCUGGGCACAGCUGUUUGUCGCAGACGUCGACAUGGCCAAGCACAUCAUGAUCAAGGAUUUUGACCACUUCCAGGACCGUCCGGUGCUGUUUGACUUUGAGUACGGCCGCGACCAGAUGGACAUGAUGACGGCCGACCGGUGGAAGGUGCUGCGCUCGCUGCUGGCGCCCGCGCUCACCACCAGCGGCCGCCUCAAGGCCAUGACGCCCACCAUGCAGCAGUGUCUGGACGACGCGUGCCGCCGCAUGGAGGCCAAGCUGCGCGACAGUCCCGUCAUCGACGCGCAGGCGGACCUGUUCGGGCCGCUGACGCUCGACGUCAUGGCCCAGUUCUCGUUCGGCAUGAAGGUGCCCGACGUGGCCGACAAGAACAGCGUGUUCGUCAAGCACGCGUCCGCGUUCGGCGUGCCCACCGACGCCACGCCCAACCCGCUGAUCACGUACAUCCUCACCUCGUUCCCGUCGCUGGGUAACCGGGUGGCCGGCCGGCAGCUGAUCCCGGCGUUCCGAUACUUCCUGGAGAUGAUCCGGCGCUCCAUCAAGCAGCGCCGCGCCGAGGGCGUGCACCGGCAGGACCUGGUGGGCGUCAUCAUGGACGCGAUCGACAACAAGGUGCCGACGGCCGAGUACCGGCAGCUGCGGCUCACAGAGGAGAUCCUGCUGCUGCAGGGCGCCGAGAUGCUGAUGGCUGCCUACGACACCGUCGGCACCGCGCUCAACAAGUCGGCCUACUUCCUGGCCACCGAGCCGGAGGCUGCCGAGGAGGUGGCCCAGGAGGCGCAGGAACUCGACGAGCUCACCUACGAGUCGGUGUCGCAGCUGCCCAAGCUGGAGGCCUUCAUCAAGGAGGUGCUGCGCAUGGCGCCGCUGCUGGUGCGCCACUUCCGCGUGUGCACACGCGACUGGGAGUACCAGGGCCUGCGCGUGCCGGCCGGCACCUCGGUGACCAUUCCCAUGUCGGUGUUCCACAUGGACGAGCAGCUGUUCCCGGAGGCGCGCCAGUUCCGGCCGGCCCGCUGGCUCGAGGAAGACGCUCACCGGAGCCACCAGUACAGCUGGAUGCCGUUCGGCCUGGGGCCGCACGCCUGCCUCGGCGCCCGGCUCGCCAUGGUCGAGUGCAAGUUCUUCCUGGCCGGCUUCCUGCGCCGAUACCGGUUCCUGGCGUGUGACCAGACCAAGUUCGAGUACCUGCCCGGCAGCGGGCUGUUCGCGACCACAAAGCCCAUCAUGGUCAAGGUGGAGAAACUGUAACUAAGUUACGCCGCAAAGCGAAAAGAACAGAACGAUGGAGGCGAUCACACUGUUCGGUCGCUGGACGGGAGUCGUUGUAAAAAGAUAUGUAACAGAAACAAAUGCAUAACGAACAGAGGUGUGCCAAAUAAAAAAGCGGCGAUGGAGCUUCAAACAGCAAAAAGACGAGGUAACAGCUGCGUGUUAACAAAAAAAAAAAAAAAAAUCCAGCCCUGCAGUUGAAGGAUGGAUCUAGGAUGGAGGAUGACUGACAUGGAUUCCGAUAGUUUGAUUGCGAACUGUGUGCAGUGACUUUGAAAACUACAUAGUAAUAUUGCCCUGCGCAGACUACAACGUUGGUCGUUGGAUUCCUACAGCUUUACACGAGAAUAAGAAAAUGAAGUCGACCGUUCAGGACUCAAUGGCCUCAUACUUUCUAGGUCUCGCUCCCCCAAUGAGAAGCCCGAUCUGAAUCAGAUGGAAUCUAGUUCACAGUACUCAGCAUGAUCAGCUGAAGUCCACUGCUCAGUGCCACUGGAAUGUCUGGGACCACUGCUGGUCCACAUACACCUAUUGUUCCUUUCAAUAUAUUGACUCUGUAACA